GAAUAAUUCUUACUGUAAUUGCUUAAUGUUACUUACUGCCUGCACUAUACUGAAUCGUACAAGUGAUUGACAGAGGAGGGGACUUUUCCAAACUACGUGAAAAAAAAGGGAAAACGAAUCAAUACCAACAAAUAAUUUACAAAUCUGUUAAUAGUACACGCAGAAAACAGUAUGAAAGAGAUGUUUCAUCGCUUGUAUACUUUAACUUUCUAAUUUUCAAACUUCAGGCACCCAUUGACAGCAAAAGGAUACCUUCCAAUAUAUCCAAGACUUAUCCAGUCCUUAUUAAAAUUGCUAUUGGAGAGCUAGAAGCUUUCCCCAUCUGUCUUCUUCCUGGUCUCCCGCACGCCGAAUCACUUUUUACGGUAAGGACAGGUUUGUUUAGUUUCUACAACCUGGGCAAGUUCGUCAUUCUGAACCUUCUAAUUGUGAGGAUCUCUUUUCAAAUAAAUGAAUGUAGCUUCAGAUGUUAACCCUGUGUUAUUAGUCUUCAACCUUGAAAAUGAUAUUUCGUUAUGUAUGUGGAUGCCAAAUACACUGCAGCAGGGGACGCUAAAAUGAAACUUGCAUAAACGUUUUACAUGUGGCGUGAAUGUCCAUUUAGGCAUUCACCUUUCCCAACAUUUGAAUUCCCAUCAAGGCUUUUUAUUGCUUAAGAUUAUACUGUUUUGUAAACGCAGACUCCAAUAAAUAAAGGAAAGAUAAUCAUAAAAUCAAAAACCAUUUUAUAUAAAGGAAAGUUCUGAGAGUAUUCAGGGUUGGUGAACGGAUUCUUUUGUAAUUACGGAUGAGCUAAAAACAGAUACAAUAGGUAGUGACCUUCGUACCCAUAUAGAAAAAGAAGAACCAUUCGGCUUUUUCUAUCCCUUUUUCCGAUUUCUAAAUCCAUUGUUGGAUGGAUAAUUAUGAAUAAUGAAUUCACUAAUUCUUCAGCGCUCGUUUUUAUUUUGGCUUAUCGAAGCUAUUUUUCUCUACAAUUUCUUCAUAAGCUUUAGUCUCUCCAUACUAGAAGUAUUUUAUAAAGUGAAACUCCGAUUUAACAACCGAACUAUACAAGGUUAGGACUAUAUUCCUAAACAUUAUUCUUUUCAACGUACGAUUGUUACUAAUUUAUAAGAAUGAAAGCCCAAACUAUUGGAUCUAUUGUACCGCCAAGCUAUCCUCGGCGCCAGGAGCAGGAGUUGGAGAACCGUAAGCUUUCAACCACACUAUCAGAGUUAGUGGAAAAUGCCACCACUGUGGCAGAAAAUUACCUUUCCUAUACAGAAGGUCGCCUUCCACCCUUAGAGGUGCAAAUUGCUCCCUUGACAGCCGCGCUCAAUAAUUACUUAAAUUCCUAUCGUCACGAACAGCCCUGUGACUGGACCGAAGAUAAAAUAUUAAACCGAUGUAAACAGCAAGUCACUAAGGAUAAAAUCAACGAGCUUGCUCAGCGGACACCUAUGGAUGCGAACGGAAUAAUCGGUAUUCUCAAGGCACUUUCCGGUAAGGAUGAGAUCCCACGGGGCCGUUACCUGCUGCUUCGGGAUAAUUUGGAGGUUCUAAAGCUGCACCAGGGCCGAGACGCUAUCCUCAGCCUUCCCAAAACUCUCACAAAUCUUUACGAUAUUCAGCACACCGAUAUUACCGCGUCUGUGCGGGCGGAGAUAGCCGAAACCGAUCCUAUCAAGAACAGGCUCAUCGCACAGGUAAAUGAAGCCUUGGCAGCUUUUAACGCCGCUAACACCACUGGCGAUGUUGUAGAGGUGGAACGCACCCAUCGCCAUCUCAUUGCCGCUCGCUACGAAUACUUGGUUCUGUGUGCAAAACGUAUAAGGCUCCUUAAUGGUGCCGCGAAUAAUGCAGAAGUUUGUUCCUUUAGCAACGAGCUAAAGCAAGCUCAAGAUGAUGCCGAGGAUGCUCUAAAGCAAUUUAAAGAGGAACAGGAGGCUCUGAAAGCUGCCUUCAACGCUGAUCUCGAACUAAGCAACAAAGCCAGGCGUGAGGAAGAGGCCAAGUCAGCCGCAUCUGCUUCGGAAUACGCGUCGAAGCAGAAACAAAUGUCAACAGAGUUGGAUACGAUUAUGAAAUUGCAGCGGGAUGUUAUCGACGAGCUCCGCAGAAAGGCACUGGAGCUGCGCGACUUAAUGAAUAAACAAAGGGAUCUUACCAAAGCCGCAACAGCAGCCAAGCGUGCGGAGGAGCAGCGAAUCACAUCAUUACAAGAAUUUCUUAACAUGCAUGGGCAACACUGCCAGCGGCUGCAGCAUUGCUUGGCAUACCUCAACAGUUGUAAGCCAGUGAUUGAGGAGACAGAACGUUACGUCGCGGACAUGGUUAAAAAGCUCCCAAGAAACCGUAUGGAAGAGGUCGUAAAGGAGAUCACGACCGAAGAGGUAAAUUCUUUCAUGGAUGCUUACAAAGUUUUCGUAUUCUUCUGUGGUGAGUUAGCCAUCAAAAAGUCUCACCGCCUUGACACCCUGGAACGUCAGGCGCGCCUAACUAAACAUAACCAAGACAGCGCUAUGGACAGUCUCGAUCCGAACUUGGAGAACUAUCGUGUGGAGCUUACCGAACUGAUGGAACAGAUGAAGGCGGUUGAGGGGGUGCUUAAUGCCCUUAAUGCCACACAGGAUGCGGGAGAACAAGUCUUUGAGAAUAUUGAGGAUGUCGUACGUGAUACAUUUAAGCGAACUAACGAAACGUUUGUUCACCCGCUGCAGGAAUUCGGGCACCAACUCGUGGAUAAGCGCACCCGCUUCGUGAUGCGUUCUAUGAAAUAUGUCGAGAACGAAGAGCGCGAAGUUGCGCAAAAGAAAGGAACACUGGAGCAAAUGAAAACUAUGCUAUUGCAGAACAACGAAUAUUUGGCGAAGGCAAUUGCAGGUGAACACACACCGACACUAAUUGAUUCUUCACUUGUUAAAUAA